GCCUCAAGCUCGUCCAGCACAGUCGCCCCUUGUCACUCAGUCAGUCAGUCACUCAGCCAUAACCCAAACAUGAAAUUCCUCAUUGUGUUCGCCCUGUUCGCCUGCGCGGCCGCCGAUGUCAGCCACCUGACCCAGUAUCUGCCACCCACCAACGAGUAUCUGCCACCCGUUCAGAACACGGUUCAGUACACGCCCCCAUCGGUGAGCUACUCCGCUCCGUCCUACCAGCAGCAGACCUACUCCGCUCCGUCCUACCAGCAGCAGACCUACUCCGCUCCGUCCUACCAGCAGCAGACCUACUCCGCUCCGUCCUACCAGCAGCAGACGUACUCCGCACCAGCCAUCCAGCAGAGCUAUGUUGCGCCCAGCAAUGAGUAUCUGCCACCCGUGCAGCAGCAGAACUAUGCCGCACCAGCUGUCCAGAGGACCUACUCCGCUCCAUCCGUGAGCUACUCCGCUCCAGCUGUCCAGCAGACAUACGCUGCUCCAUCUGUGAGCUACUCCGCUCCAGCUGUCCAGCAGUCAUACUCCGCACCGGCCUACCAGCAGUCGUACUCCGCCCCGGCCUACCAGCAGUCGUACUCUGCCCCAUCUGUGAGCUACUCUGCCCCAUCCUCCAGCGUGGAUGUGGGCACCCAGUAUGCCUCCAAUGGUGGCUAUGUCUACAGGAAGUAAGAAGCUGAGAAGCGACAACUGAUCCAAUGUAAAUAACUAUUUUUUCUCUGUGUGUAUUUCCGUUUUUACAUUUAUCUUCUUUUUUUUUGUAACAAAUUA